AUGACCUCAGUUGGCAGCUACCACGAAAGCUCGAAGCCUUCAGCUCAAAAGUCGUCACCUUUACACGAUGAUAAUACCACACACACCACGAAUUCCAACCUCGAACAAGACUCGUACCCAUCGGACUGCGAAAGCGGGAUUUGUGGGCCUGCAAGCAAAGGAGCCCCGUUAAGCGCCCUUGAAGUCGACUCAUUCGAAAAUCACAAAUGGGAGGAGAUUUGUGAAGCCAUCGAGCAAAACCUCGUGUCGAGCUUGAGCGCUAGUGGGCUCGAAGUGCGGGUAGAGUCUGUUCGCAAGAACCGGUUUUCAGACGUUAUGGGCCGCGCGAAAGUUGAAUCCUUUAGCUUGUAUUCGAGUGCUGUGAGAGUGAAGUGUGGUGGGAGUGCAAAUGUGAAGUGUGCUUGGUUUGGUGCCUCCAAGAAUGAGAUUGAUAUGGUUAUUUCCCAUGGUUUCGGGCUUCACACGACUGGUCGAACGCGCGGUCAAGGGGUUUGGCUCUGUUUCGGUUAA